ACGCCAGCCAGUCAGCGAAGGCGCCAUGCAAAUUUGGUAACAGUAAUAGGCCCACGAAAACACAACACAAUUCGCGACGUUAUGUGAGCAAUCUACUCCCGUCCAGCCAAAGUGUCCAACAAUACCGUGAACGUGGUCACCCAGGAGGUGAUUGUUUCUCUCACAGUACGCUAAACCACGCAAAAGAUCGCCAUCAAUAUAUCAUCCGGUUCUGUGUAGUUUACAAAGCAGUGUCUACGAGUGAAGCGGGAGAGAGUGCGUAAUUAGGAACUAGGCAACUCGAGGGCGAUUUGCUCGUCUCAUGAUGAUGACCAACAAUGGAUUCAGCACCGGCGAGGAAGAUUCCCGAGGUCCCGCUGACCAGAUUUGCUGCUUGCUCGAUGAUGGAGAGCGAUGCCGAAAACAGGCCGGUAAUGCGUCGUACAGCAAACGCAUUCAAAAGACGGUCACCCAGCGCAGGUUAAAACUCAGCAUCGACAGUCACGCACGGCAUAUUUACAUUUGUGACUUUCACAAAGCGAGAAUACAGUGCGCACGUACGAAACGACGCCGCCGGGACUCCGAGGAUGAUAGCAACGAAACGGACACCGAUUUGCCCGAAGUGGACCUUUACCAGUUGCAGGUUAACACGUUACGGCGAUAUAAACGCUUCUACAAGGUAUCGACGCGGCCCGGCAUCAACAAGGCACAGCUAUCGGAGACAAUCAUGAAGCACUUCAAGACGAUCCCUAUCAAGGAAAAGGAAAUUUUAACUUACUUCAUAUACAUGGUAAAAUCAAACUCGAACAAGCUGGACCAAAAGAACAACGCCAGCGCCGAAGCUACAUGAAAAAGAGCCAUCAGCUGGACAGUGGCUGCAGCACACCAACCUUCGUUUUGUGGUCCAUCGUACUAACUUGUUUUCGUUCGAAUGUUUCUCUCGAUUCGUGUAUAGCUUUAUGGUACAAUUUACGAGCGAGGAUGUUCGGUCAUAGUUUUGUUGAUAUGUUUCUCCUGCCAUUACGCCGAUGGGUGCGAAAGUGCAAAUCAAGGUAUAAAUUAGG